CGGGGUGUCAGGCGGACGUGGGGCUCGCCCAGCAGGGUUCGGGGAGAGGCUGGGCUGGGCAAGGGAGCCGCCCCGCCUCGGGAGAGGCGGGCCGGGCGGGUCUGGGAGUAUUUGAGGCUCGGAGCCACCGCCCCGCCGGCGCCCGCACCUCCUCGUUAGCAGCCGUCCGGAGCCAGCCAACCAGCGGAAAAUGGCAGACAAUUUUUCGCUCCAUGAUGCCUUAUCUGGGUCUGGAAACCCAAACCCUCAAGGAUGGCCUGGCCCAUGGGGGAACCAGCCUGCUGGGGCAGGGGGCUACCCAGGGGCCUCCUAUCCUGGGGCCUACCCCGGGCAGGCACCCCCAGGGGUUUAUCCUGGACAGGCACCUCCAGGCGCCUACCCUGGAGCACCUGGAGCUUAUUCCGGAGCAUCUGGAGUCUACCCAGGGCCACCCAGUGGCGCUGGGGCCUACCCAUCUCCUGGACAGCCAAGUGCUCCUGGAGCCUACCCUGCCACUGGCCCCUAUGGCGCCCCUGCUGGGCCACUGUCUGUGCCUUAUAACAUGCCUUUGCCUGGAGGAGUGGUGCCUCGCAUGCUGAUAACAAUUCUGGGCACGGUGAAGCCUAAUGCAAACAGAAUUGCUUUAGAUUUCAAGAGAAGGAAUGAUGUUGCCUUCCACUUUAACCCACGCUUCAAUGAGAACAACAGGAGAGUCAUUGUUUGCAAUACAAAGCUGGAUAAUAACUGGGGAAGGGAAGAAAGACAGUCGGUUUUCCCAUUUGAAAGUGGGAAACCAUUCAAAAUACAAGUACUGGUUGAAUCUGACCACUUCAAGGUUGCGGUGAAUGAUGCUCACUUGUUGCAGUACAAUCAUCGGGUUAAACAGCUCAAUGAAAUCAGCCAACUGGGAAUUUCUGGUGACAUAGACCUUACCAAUGCUUCAUACACCAUGAUAUAAUCUGAAAGGGGCAGAUUAAAAAAAAAAAAUCUAAACCUUACAUGUGUAAAGGCUUUAUGUUCACUGUGAGUGAAAAUUUUUACAUUCAUCAAUAUCCUUCUUGUAAGUCAUCUACUUAAUAAAUAUUAUAGUGAAUUACCUGUCUCAA